CUGAGACAUUUUGUCAACUUUGCAACAUUGGACCAAAUACAAUGAAGUAUUCUUGUUGUGCUCUGGUGCUGGCUGUCCUGGGCACAGAACUGCUGGGCAGCCUGUGCUCGACUGUGAGAUCUCCACGGUUCAGAGGACGAUUGCAGCAGGAACGGAAAAAUAUCCGACCCAACAUUAUUCUUGUGCUCACCGACGAUCAAGACGUGGAGCUGGGGUCUCUGCAGGUCAUGAAUAAAACCAGGAAGAUUAUGGAGCAUGGAGGGGCCACUUUCACCAAUGCUUUUGUGACCACACCCAUGUGCUGUCCAUCACGGUCAUCCAUGCUCACUGGGAAGUAUGUGCACAACCACAAUGUCUACACCAACAAUGAGAACUGCUCCUCACCCUCGUGGCAGGCCAUGCAUGAGCCGCGGACUUUUGCUGUAUAUCUUAACAACACUGGCUAUCGAACAGCCUUCUUUGGAAAAUACCUCAAUGAGUAUAAUGGCAGCUACAUCCCUCCUGGGUGGCGAGAAUGGCUUGGAUUAAUCAAGAAUUCUCGUUUCUAUAAUUACACUGUUUGUCGCAAUGGCAUCAAAGAAAAGCAUGGAUUUGAUUAUGCAAAGGACUACUUCACAGACUUAAUCACUAACGAGAGCAUUAAUUACUUCAAAAUGUCUAAGAGAAUGUAUCCCCAUAGGCCCAUUAUGAUGGUGAUCAGCCACGCUGCACCCCACGGCCCUGAGGACUCAGCCCCACAGUUUUCAAAACUGUACCCCAACGCCUCCCAACACAUAACGCCUAGUUAUAACUAUGCACCAAAUAUGGAUAAACACUGGAUUAUGCAGUACACGGGCCCCAUGCUGCCCAUCCACAUGGAGUUUACCAAUGUCCUACAGCGCAAAAGACUUCAGACUUUGAUGUCAGUGGAUGACUCUGUGGAGAGGCUGUAUAACAUGCUCGUGGAGACGGGGGAGCUGGAGAACACUUACAUCAUUUACACCGCAGACCACGGUUACCAUAUUGGGCAAUUUGGACUGGUCAAGGGGAAAUCCAUGCCAUAUGACUUUGAUAUUCGUGUGCCUUUCUUUAUUCGUGGUCCAAGCGUAGAACCAGGAUCAAUAGUCCCUCAGAUAGUUCUCAACAUCGACCUGGCCCCCACCAUCCUGGAUAUUGCCGGACUCGACACACCUCCCGAUGUGGAUGGCAAGUCUGUUCUCAAACUGCUGGACCCGGAAAAGCCAGGUAACAGGUUUCGAACAAACAAGAAGGCCAAAAUUUGGCGUGAUACAUUCUUAGUGGAAAGAGGCAAAUUUCUACGUAAGAAGGAAGAAUCCAGCAAGAAUAUCCAACAGUCAAAUCACUUGCCCAAGUAUGAGAGGGUCAAGGAACUAUGCCAACAGGCCAGGUACCAGACAGCCUGUGAACAGCCUGGGCAGAAGUGGCAGUGCAUCGAGGACACAUCUGGCAAGCUGCGAAUCCACAAGUGCAAGGGCCCCACUGACCUGCUCACAGUCCGCCAGAGCACGCGCAACCUCUACACUCGCGGCUUCCACGACAAGGACAAAGAGUGUCAUUGCAGGGAGUCUGGUUACCGUGCCAGCAGGGACCAGAGGAAGAGUCAACGGCAGUUCCUGAGAAACCAGGGCACUCCAAAGUACAAGCCCAGGUUCGUCCAUACCCGACAGACACGUUCCUUGUCCGUGGAAUUUGAAGGUGAAAUCUAUGACAUCAACCUGGAAGAAGAGGAGUUGCAAGUGUUGCAACCAAGAAACAUUGCCAAGCGCCAUGAUGAAGGCCCGUGGGGGCUGGGAGGCCGCCAGGCGGGCAGCGGUGGCAACAGGAACAGGAUGCUGGCAGAUAGCAGCAAUGCUGUGGGCCCCACCACUGUGAGAGUGACGCACAAGUGUUUUAUUCUUCCAAAUGACACAAUCCAUUGUGAGAGAGAACUAUACCAAUCAGCCAGAGCCUGGAAGGACCAUAAGGCAUACAUUGAUAAAGAGAUCGAAGCUCUGCAAGAUAAAAUUAAGAAUUUAAGGGAAGUAAGAGGACAUCUGAAGCGAAGAAAGCCUGAGGAGUGUAACUGUGGCAAACAGAGCUAUUACAGUAAAGAGAAAGGCGUGAAAAAGCAGGAGAAAUUGAAGAGCCAUCUUCACCCAUUCAAGGAGGCUGCCCAGGGAGUAGACAGCAAACUGCAGCUUUUCAAGGAGAACCGGAGCAGGAGGAAGGAGAGGAAGGAGAAGAAACGUCAGAGGAAGGGCGAGGCGUGCAGCGUGCCUGGCCUCACCUGCUUCACGCACGACAACAACCACUGGCAGACGGCCCCGUUCUGGAACCUGGGAUCAUUCUGUGCUUGCACAAGCUCUAACAAUAACACAUACUGGUGUUUGCGAACAGUCAAUGAGACACAUAACUUUCUCUUCUGCGAGUUUGCUACUGGCUUCCUGGAGUAUUUUGAUAUGAAUACAGAUCCUUAUCAGCUCACAAACACAGUGCACACAGUGGAACGAGGAGUUCUGAAUCAGCUACAUGUUCAACUAAUGGAACUCAGAAGCUGUCAAGGGUACAAGCAAUGUAACCCAAGACCUAAAGGACUUGACAUGGGAAAUAAAGAUGGAGGAAGCUAUGAUCUACACAGGGGAGAGCUUUGGAGAGGGUGGGAGAUGAAUGUCUUUGUCAUGUUUACACUUUGUUUUCCUCACGGAAACAAGCCAUAG